AUGGGUGCCGAGAUUACCUAUGGAGCCUGUUCUUCCACCCGUCAGUGGAAGUAUGAUGUCUUCUUAAGUUUUUGCGGUCAGGACACUCGAACUAACUUCACCGAUUUCCUGUUUAACUGGUUGGUACGGGAUGGGAUUCGCACCUUUAGAGACGAUAAAGAGUUAAACAGAGGAGAGAAUAUUUCUUCAGAACUGAUGGAAGCCAUCGAAAGUUCUAGGAUUGCCAUUAUCGUCUUCUCCGAGAAUUAUGCUUCUUCAACCUGGUGCCUUACUGAGCUGGUGAAGAUUCUGGAUUGCAAAAAAAAUGAUGGCCAAAUAGAAAAGGUUAUACCUGUUUUCUACAAGGUGGAUCCAUCGGAUGUUAGGCAUCAGCGUAACACUUAUGAGAAGGCAUUUAAGGAACAGGAAGAGCAUUUGAAGGAUAAGAUGGAUAUGUGGAGGGCUGCUCUUACAGAAGCUGCGAAUAUGGCAGGGUGGGAUCAAAGAAAUUUUGCAGAUGGGCAUGAGGCGGAGCUUGUAAAGAAAGUUGUUGAAGAAGUGUUGACAAUAGUGAACCAGACAUGCUUGCACGUUGCAAAACAUCCAAUCGGGUUAGAUUCCCACAUUGAGCACAUAGGUCAUUUGCUAAAAGAUGGAUUGGAUGGUCGCAUCAUAGGGAUAUACGGCUCUGGUGGAAUAGGUAAGACAACUAUAGCGAAGGCUGUUUUUAACGACAUAUUUAAAAAAUUUGAAGGUAGCAGUUUCCUUGCUAAUGUUAGAGAGGUUUCAAGCCAACACAAAGGUUUAGCUCUCUUACAAAAACAGCUACUCUCUGAUAUUUUGACGAGAAAAGACAUAGACAUAGACAAUGAGGACAGUGGAAUAAUUAUUAUCAAAGAACGUCUACGCUGUAAAAGAGUCCUUAUUAUUCUUGACGAUGUUGAUGAAAUGAAACAAUUUGAUAAAUUGGUUGGAGGGCGUGAUUGUUUUGGUCCAGGAAGUCGAAUCGUCGUAACAACUAGAGACGAUCAUUUGCUAAAUAUCCUGGAGGUGGAUGAAAAAUAUAGAGUCAAGACAAUGAAUCAAUAUGAAUCCCUUCAACUUUUCAGUCGCUUUGUCUUUCAACAAAAUUAUCCAUCAGAAGACUAUGUGCAGCUCUCAAAUGAUGUAAUACAUUAUGCAGGGGGCCUUCCAUUAGCUCUUGUGAUUUUGGGUUCUCUUCUAUCCAAAAGAAGUCAAGCUGAGUGGGAAAGGGAAUUGGAGAAAUUAAGAAAGAUACCCAAUGGUCAGAUUUUAGAAACACUUGAAAUAAGUUAUAAUGCAUUAGAUGAUUUUGACAGGAUCAUAUUCCUUGAUAUAUCAUGCUUUUUCAUUGGAAAGGACAAAAACUAUGUAAUUACAAUUCUAGAUGCUUGUGGUUUGGGCGGAGAAGCUGGAAUUAAACUUCUCACAGAGAGGUCUUUGGUAGCAAUUGAUGACGAUAACAAUCUAUAUAUGCAUGAUCUGAUUCGAGACAUGGGAAGGGAAAUUGUUCGCAAACAGUCUCCUCAGAAGCCUGGAGGACGUAGUAGAUUGUGGGACACUAAUGAUGCCAUUGAUGUAUUGAUAAACCUCACUGGAACUGAUGCAGUUGAAGGCCUUCAAUUAAACUUGGAUCAAUGUAAUGUGGAAGAGUUUGGCUUGUUGACCAUUGAAGGAUUUUCUAAAAUGCCUAAUCUAAGAUUACUCGAGGUUAAUGGUCCAGGAUCCAGCAUCACUAUAGAUUGGAAACAGUCUCUUCCGCAGUGGGUUUGUUGUUUCAAAAACUUAGUUUGGGUUAGUUGGGAAGGAUUCCCCUUCGAAUAUAUACCAAAUAAUUUUCAUCUGGGGAAACUUGUCAUUCUUGACAUGAAAGAAAGCAAACUAAAAGAAGUUUGGAAGGGAACAAAGUAUCUCACAAAGUUGAAGGACCUCAAUCUUAGUAAUUCAAAGUGCCUAACCCGUACCCCAGACUUCGCAGGGCUCCCGAAUCUUGAGAAACUAAUUCUCGGAGGUUGUGACAGUUUGUAUGAAGUCCAUGAAAGUAUUGAUUGUCUUAAGAAACUUGUAAAGUUGGAUCUAGGGUGUUGCAGCAAUCUCAGGAAUCUUCCGAGUGGUAUUAGUAAAUUGUCGUCGCUUGAAACGGUUGAUAUUUCUAUAUGUUCAAGCUAUAGUUCUAUCUCAAGAUUUGAAAAAUUACCAGAGAGAAUCGGGAACUUGACAGGUUCAUGGUUUGGAAGUAUACAAAAAAUACCUUUUUCCUUUGAACUUCCAAACAACCUUACCACUUCCAAUCAUUCUUUGCCAUAUGGUUCAGCAGCUCGAGUUUCAGUUUCUUUUGAUGGUUGUUGCUCCUUAAAACACUUGACUCUGGAAAAUUGCAAGCUAACAGAUGAUAAUAUACCUGAGGAUUUUUGGAUGUUAUACUCUUUGGAGUCAUUGAAUCUAUCUCUGAACAACUUUGAGAGCCUUCCAUCUAGCAUUGGCCAGCUUUCAAAACUUGAAACUCUGAAAUUGUGGGAUUGCCAGAAUCUCAAAUCACUCUCCAUGCUUCCAUCAAGUUUGCGUUCUCUUGAUGCAUCGUAUUGCAGCGAGUUGAAAGGGUUACCAAAUCUGUCAAACUUGAAGCACCUAAGGAUGCUAGAUAUUUCAUUCUGUGAAAAGCUGACUGAAAUUGAAGGUUUAGAGGGUUUGAAGUCUGCAACAACUAUUAAAUUAAAUGAUUGCACCAAUUUGAAAGGCUUUGUCAAGAAGAGAUUCUUUCAGGACAUAUCUAAAGACCUUGGAAAUCAUAACGUCUGUGACAUCUUAUUAAGUGGGUAUGAGAUACCGGAGUGGUUUAGGUUUCAAAGUGAGUCGUCAAAUUCAUUAUCUUGUGAGGUUACUCAACUUCAUAACAUGGAGAUGCAAGGGUUGAUUAUAUGCAUUGUUUUUUCAUGCACUGGAAUAGCUUUGAGCUAUGAUGGAGUAGAGGUUGAUGGAGUAGAGGUUGUAGUUUUUAAUGAAUCAAAGAAUCAUACAUGGAAGCACGAAGUAGCAAUUUCAUUUGACAGUGAAGAAACAGCUACUUGCGUGUUAAAGAUACCGAAUUGUGUUUGGAAAUCAAUUGCUGGAUAUGGGGAUUCUAUCAAUGUUUCACUCCCAAACGGAUGCUUUCUCGACAAGAGUUGUCAGUUGAAGAAAAUUGGGGUCCAUUUCUUCUAUGCGUCACACAACAUGAGAGUUUAUCGGAGGAAAAUUCUGAAGCAUCACUAA